AUGUCCCGUAUUGAUUUACAACCACCUCCAUAUGCAGAUACAAUUUUAUUAAUAAAACAUUUUCCUUCAAUAUUUAAUGAUAGUGAUCGUUGUGAAUUUGUUCAACAUUUUGGUGCUAAACGUAUUCGAAGUUUUCAUGAUAAUACAACAUCAAUUCUAAACGAACGUUUAAAAAAUUUGAUUAUUGCUGAUUUUGGUACAUCGGUACAAGCUCGUCAAGCAUUAUAUCGUUUACAUCAAUUAGAAAUAUUAAAUAAACGAUUGGUUGUCGAAUAUGCACGAUUAGAUUUAGUUCAAGAAGCAUUUGCUCAACAAGAUCAAGAAAAACUUAAAAAAUUAUUAGCAAAAUUAAGUGGAAGAAAAGAUGAUGAAAAUGAAUUAUUUGAACAACAAUUACAUGGUCUAUCAGCACCAAAUGAUGUCAUGUAUCCCAUUCGUUCAAAUCUAAAAUAUCGUUAUCCACAAAUUAAUGAUCAAAUUUUACAAAAUAUAUCGAAUGCAUUAUUAGCUGUACCACCAUUUUAUACACAAGUUAUACAUCUGAUGAAUAAAAUGAGUUUACCUUGUCCGUUUGGCGGUAAAGUAUUUAUCGAACAAAAUCGAUGUCCAACUCCUCGUCGUCCUGGUGAAACGGUUAGUCAAGCAUGUCAAGCUGAUUAUACUGAACUUCAAAAAGAGUUUUUAACUAACAGUGAGAAUCAAACUAAUGUCGAUAUGGAAACAGACACUGAUGAAAGUGAAUUGGGCGAUGAUCAAGAUCUCGAAACAAAUUUAAAACAUAAUCGUUUACAACGAAAAGCGAAUUUAAAUAUUCAAAAACAAAGGUUAAAAUCUUAUCGUCAAUCGAAUAUAAUAAAUAAAGAGAAAAGUAAUCAAAUUCACCUUGAGAAUGUAUUUGAUGAUUUAUCAAAUAUAAAACAACAAACAACACCAAUUGAUAUUAAAUUACCAACAAAUGUUGAAUUAACAACAAUUACAAAAAAAUUUGAUCAAUCAUCGACUAAUAAUUUCACUGGCUUUGGUCGCAUUGAUUCAAUUGUAAAAUCUUCACUUGAUAACACUAUGAUUGAAAACAACAAUGAUGGUGAACAGUUGACAUCAUAUAUUACAUUAUCAGAACUCGAAAAAAAUCGUUUACCAACAUCUGAAUUACAAAAAUUACCUGCCUAUAAAAAUUAUGAACGUGGUGAUGUUUCAUAUCGUUUAUAUCUAAAAAAUAUUUCAAAAUUUGUUGAUGAGAAUGAUUUAAAAUAUGUAUAUGGUCGAUAUAUUGAUUUUUCAAAUAUACAACAUCAAAAUACAUUCGAUAUUCGAUUGAUGAAAGAAGGAAAAAUGAAAGGACAGGCAUUUAUUACUAUGCCAAGUGAACAAUUAGCAGUAAAAGCUCUACAAGAUACAAAUGGAUAUAUUUUAAAAGAUAAACCAUUAAUCGUACAAUUUGCGCGAACACAAAAAGCAAAACUUGAUAAAAAUACCAUUUCUGAAUAA